UCUCUCUAUAUAUAUAUAUAUAUAUAUACACACACAGAGAGGGAGAAAAACACUUAGCAAAAGCAUACAUAUUUCAUCAAAAGCCAUGAAGGGUUUUGUUUGUGUUGCUCUAUUAGUCAUUGCUUUUCUUUCUCUUCCGGCUGUAAUAUCUGCAAGGCACAUUGGCAGGCCACGAAAACACCAUGGGCAUCACCAUUCUGCACCAAAAGAAGUGGCAGUGGCAAAUCCAAAUUUCUACAGGGAAAUGAGGGCAACAAAGAGAAGAGGACCUGACACAGUGCAAAUUGCAGGGUCAAGCUUGCCUGAUUGUUCCCAUGCAUGUGGGUCAUGCUCGCCAUGUAGGCUAGUAAUGGUGAGCUUUGUCUGUGCAUCGCUUGAAGAAGCUGAGACUUGUCCCAUGGCUUAUAAGUGCAUGUGUAAAAACAAGUCUUAUCCUGUACCAUGAUCUUUAUUUAACUAACUAAUUAAUUUCUAAUUGUCAGGUCUUUUUUAAUAUAGAGGCUUAAUUACUGUAACUAUUGUCGGCCAAUUAGAAUUUAGAUUUAGGUCCAUGUUUAUUUUAGUUUUGUUUUUCCCUUUUGCCAAUUUUUCCUUGUAAUGUAAUCAUGCCUUUCUUUGUGUAAUCACAGAAUUCAUGUUCAUUUUGA